UCAUUUUCUUCCUCUCCAGAAAAAAAGAGAAAAAAUUUACCAUUUCUCUGGAAGUGAGAGAAGAGAUAGAGAAACCAAGAGGGAGGAAGAACACAGAACUCAACCACUCUCAAGUUUCGAAGCUAAAACCCUAAAUUCCUCCCCAUUUCUCUCUGCUCUUUGAUUUUUCCUUCAUUUUCUCUUCCUUUGUGCUUCGCAUUGUUCACUAGAUCAGACCAAAAAGAAGAAGAAAAAGAAAAAAAAAUCUCUCUCGUUUUCCGGGAAAAGUUUUCGGAUCUUUGCGAGUUUUAGAAUCAUGGUGUUCUGGGUAUUUGGGUAUGGCUCAUUGGUGUGGAAUCCAGGAUUUGAAUUUGAUGAGAAAAUUAUAGGCUAUAUCAAGGAUUAUAAGCGUGUUUUCGACCUCGCAUGCAUUGAUCACAGAGGUACUCCAGAAAAUCCUGCUAGGACUCUUACUUUGGAACAGGAAGAAGGAGCUAUUUGUUGGGGAGCAGCUUACUGCGUGCGGGGGACUCCUGAAAGGGAAAGAGCUGCAAUGGAGUAUUUGGAGCAUAGAGAAUGUGAAUAUGAUCAAAAGACACUUGUUAACUUUUACAAGGAAGAAAACUCUAUUGAACCUGCGCUUACAGGAGUAAUUGUUUUCACGUCCACUCCGGACAAAGAAGUGAACAAAUACUACUUGGGCCCUGCUCCAUUAGAGGAUAUGGCUAGACAAAUUGCAACUGCUGUUGGGCCUUGUGGAAACAAUAGAGACUAUAUUUUCAUGUUAGAAAAGGCAUUAUUUAACAUAGGUCACGAGGAGGAAAUGGUAAUCGAGCUUGCUAACGAGGUGAGAAAAGUCCUCGACCUCCUCGAGAACGGAAUCUCAAGGGAUAACAAACUGCUUGGAGCAGCGCCUCACAUAGUACUCAAGUCACACAUACCAUCCUUAGAACUGCAACCGCUUCCAGAAGCCAUAGCCACAGACUCCUAACUGCAAAAUAUCACAAACAAAGCAACCAGAGGCUUCCAGUGAUGGUUAAUAACGGUUACUACCACGCUUAGAUCCAUUAGUUUUUGACCUUACGUCUAGGAGUUGUCUUUGCAAAUCGAUGCCGUGUUUUUGUCAUAUACGACAGUAAUAGUACUGUCCGUUUAACGAUCUUGAACUGUGGACAUUAUGAUCUUGUUCUAAUGUUUAUUUGAAUGAACCGAAUGUGGUUAGGAGAAAGAAGGAAUAUUGUCACUUA